UCUCACCACACCGCGCAGAGAGAGACCUCUCACCACACCGCGCAGAGAGAGACCUCUCACCACACCGCGCAGAGAGAGACCUCUCACCACACCGCGCAGAGAGAGGCCUCUCACCACACCGCGCAGAGAGAGACCUCUCACCACACCGCGCAGAGAGAGGCCUCUCACCACACCGCGCAGAGAGAGGCCUCUCACCACACCGCGCAGAGAGAGACCUCUCACCACACCGCGCAGAGAGAGACCUCUCACCACACCGCGCAGAGAGAGACCUCUCACCACACCGCGCAGAGAGAGACCUCUCACCACACCGCGCAGAGAGAGGCCUCUCACCACACCGCGCAGAGAGAGACCUCUCACCACACCGCGCAGAGAGAGGCCUCUCACCACACCGCGCAGAGAGAGACCUCUCACCACACCGCGCAGAGAGAGACCUCUCACCACACCGCGCAGAGAGAGACCUCUCACCACACCGCGCAGAGAGAGGCCUCUCACCACACCGCGCAGAGAGAGACCUCUCACCACACCGCGCAGAGAGAGGCCUCUCACCACACCGCGCAGAGAGAGGCCUCUCACCACACCGCGCAGAGAGAGACCUCUCACCACACCGCGCAGAGAGAGGCCUCUCACCACACCGCGCAGAGAGAGACCUCUCACCACACCGCGCAGAGAGAGACCUCUCACCACACCGCGCAGAGAGAGGCCUCUCACCACACCGCGCAGAGAGAGACCUCUCACCACACCGCGCAGAGAGGCGCCGCGCAGGCCAUCCGCCCAGCGGGCGCCCACACCCCGAUGCGCGCCCGCUAUAAACCUCUAUGCGCAGGCGACCUGAUGACGCACUGUGAAUAG